CUGCCUCACCCCCGCGCUCCUCGGCCCCUCGGCUCCCUCCUGCCCCGCCCUCCCCGAGCUCCCCGCCCGGACCUCCCUCCUCAGCCUCCGCUCGCCUUCCCGCAGGCUGCGCGCGUAGCGGCCCCGCCAUGUCCCAGCCCGGCCCGAAGCCCGCCGCCUCCCCGCGGCCCCGGCGCGCCGCGGCCGCCCGCCACGCCCAGGAGCAUGUCAGUGAACAAAGCAGUGGAUCAUCUUCCAAACAAGGAGAAAAGAAAGGAUUCGAUGAGAAAAAAGCAUCGAGCUUGGGGAGCAGUCCCCUGACCAGAGCCCAGGCCAGCAGAGCAACACCAGCCGCCAAGGUAUCAGCCUCUUCAGGUGCAACUGGCAAGACUUCCAAUAUGAAUACGACAGAAACCCAGGCAAGCUGCAAACAGAUGGAAGGACUCCAUCCUCCUAACAAGAAAAGACACAAAAAACAGGUUGCAAAAACAGAACCUGAGAAGUCACAAUCACCUGAGAAGUCACAAUCAACUAAGCCAUCUGUGGUUCAUGAGAAAAAAACCCAAGAAGGAAAGCCAAAAGAACACACAGAGCCCAAAGGCCUCCCUAAGCAUGCUCCAGAUGCAGGAAGCAAGCAAGCUCAUAAAGAAAAAGCUGUUUCCAGAUCAAAUGAGAAGCUUACAUCUGGGAAACCAACAGAACUAAAGGUGAAAUCACAGGACCAUGUUUCUGCUGGGGGAGAAAGUGUUGUUGCUGGUAUAUCUGCAGCACCAGGCAAAGCAGAUGAUAAGAAAAAAGAAAAGAAAUCAUUAACUCCAGAUGUGCCUGUUGACUCCAAACUGGAUAAACCCCCAGGAAAGUCAGGCAUGGAUGCUGUUUUGGAUGACUUGAUAGACACUUUAGGAAAACCUGAAGAAAGUAAUGAAGACAAUACAGCAUAUACUGGGCCAGUCGUUUCGGAUCCAAUGAUUUCUACCUACAUUGAAGAACUGGGUAAAAGAGAAGUCACAAUUCCUCCAAAAUAUCGGGAACUUUUGGCUAAAAAGGAAGGGAUCACUGGACCUCCUCCAGAAUCUCCGAAAUCUAUGGGGCCGGAUGAUGCCAUAGACGCCUUGUCAUCUGACUUCACCUGCAGUGCUCCUACUGCCGAAGGAAAGAAAGCUGAGGAAGAGAAAUCCACAGGAGAGGUUUUAAAGGCUCAGUCAGCUGGGGUAGUCAAAAGUACUGCUCCACCCCAGGAGAAGAAAAGAAAGGUGGAAGAGGAUGCCAUGAGCGAUCGAGCACUUGAGGCUUUGUCAGCUUCACUGGGGCCCCGGAAAUCAGACCCCGAGAUCGAUCUCAGCUCCGUUACAGAAGUUGAUGAGGCAAAAGCUAAAGAAGAGAAACGAGAGAAGUGCGGUGAGGAUGAUGAGACAGUCCCAUCGGAGUACAGAUUAAAACCCGUCACGGAUGAAGAUGGAAAACUACUAUUGCCAGAGCCUGAAGAAAAAGCCAAGCCCCGGAGUGAAUCAGAACUCAUUGAUGAACUUUCAGAAGAUUUUGACCAGUGUAAAAGCAAAGAAAAACAAUCUAAGCCAACUGAAAAAACAGAAGAGUCAAAGGUCUCUGCCCGAGCUCCUGCUGCAGAGCCUGUGUCCCGAACCUCCAUGUGUAGUGUGCAGUCCACACCACCCAAGCCCGCAGCCCUGAAGGCCAUGGCACCCAUUGAUGCUGUAGAAGCCUUGGCUGACAGCCUGGGGAAAAGGGAAGCAGAUCCAGAAGAUGGGAAACCUGCCGUGGAUAAAGUCAAGGAGAAAGCCAAAGAGGAAGACCGGGAAAAGCUUGGUGAAAAAGAAGAAACGAUUCCUCCUGAUUAUCGACUAGAAGAGGUCAAGGAUAAAGAUGGAAAACCACUCCUGCCUAAAGAUUCCAAGGAACAGCUUCCACCCCUGAGUGAUGACUUCCUUGUUAAUGCGCUGUCUGAGGAUUUCUACGGUUCUCCAGAUGCUUCCUCUCUUAAACUGGAUGAUGCUAAGAUUUCUGCUGCUGUGUCUGAAAUGGUUUCCCAAACCCAAGCUCCUACCUCCCACGCUACAGCCCCACCCCCAAACACCGCGCAGAGAGAGAAAGAACUUGAUGAUGCUUUGGAUAAACUUUCUGACAGUCUCGGGCAGAGACAGCCUGACCCGGAUGCUAACAAACCAAUGGAAGAUAAAGUAAAGGAAAAAGCCAAAGCAGAACACAGAGAAAAACUGGGAGAAAGAGAUGACACUAUCCCACCUGACUAUAGACAUCUCCUGGACAAUGACGGACAGAACAAACCAGCCAAGCCAUCUACAAAGCAAUCAAAGGAUGUAAAGAAACCUGAAGAUGACCGAGACCCAAUUGAUGCCCUCUCAGGAGACCUGGACAACUGCCCAACUCCAGAAGCCUCACAGAACACAGCAAAGGAUAAGACUAAGAAGACCGCUUCCAGCUCCAAAAAUCCCAAGAAUGGAGGUAAAGCAAAGGAUUCAACACAGAGAACGAAGGAAGUUGCCAAGCCAGAAGAUGAUGAAGGAAAAACAAGCUAAAAUUUACAAUUCGGUAUCCGGCUGUAAAACCUUCACGUGGAGGACGGUGACUUUGAAGAACAAAAGAUUUCAGCAAUAGACAAAUUUUCUGGGCGGCUUCUAGAUGUGGUCUUUCUUAAGCCUUUUGCCAUCUUACACAUUGAUUUGUUAUUCUUUUCCAGAAUGAAAAGGAAUUUGUCUGUUUCACCUGUGUUAUUGGUUGUUGGUAAAUUUUGAAUUUUUUUACAAAGUGCCUUUAGUUGGGAGAGAAAGGAAGCUUUAUAUUUGUAAGAGAAGUAUAUUUGAUAAAGUUUCUUAAAGCACCACCCAAAGAAAAAAACUUAAACCAGAAAGAAAACUUUGCAAACUUUUGCACAUUUUACACAGUGCCUGUUAAAUCUCAUUAGGAUUUUCAGUUUGUACUUAGCAUUUAUUUAUCAUUUAGAAAAUAAUGCUUCAAAUAUUUGUCUAUGUCCUGAUUUCUUCUUGAGUUUUUGAACUAUAUUUGCUAUUUCUUGGGUAAUGUGCAUUAGUCAAACCUAGAGUAUUUUACAUUGGGCAUAUUUCUUUUCUUGGGCUGCUAAUAAUAAAUUAAUAAUGUAGAAAAAAAAAACAGAAAAGCAGAAAACACCAGUCUCCCUUUUCCAUUUGAGUUCUUCUUUGCCAGAGGUGAGACUUUUGUACCAUAUACUCAGAAGAAACAGGCUUCAGUGAAGUCAGAACAACAAAAUACAGGCUAGAGAAGGCACUGGAUAGCAAGUCUCAAGAAUAAGAAAUUUUAAUUCUCAGAGUAUUCAUAUGUCUUGAACUCCGUUGGUUUACUCUGUUUUUAAUCUGUGGUUUCUGUUCUCUCUACAUAAAUCCUAGACAGCAGUUUUUCACAUAGAGCCAUUUGUUACACUUGUCUUUGACCUGUAUGCAUCUGGCUUUAUGGAAUUAAGUUUACCAAAUAUAAAAACUAACUAGCUUUAAAAAUAAAUGUAUAUGUGUAUAUGUAUAUGCUGAAAUUUAAAGUGCUUUUCCCUCUCAGCAGUUUGAGAACUAGGCUCUGCUAUCUGACAACUUGGAAUGGUUUCUCAGAUCUUUCUGUGUAAAUACUUAGGAGCAUUGCACUGAUAUAAUGGAUGGAAUUUUGAGAAAUAAUUUCAUGUUUAUUUCCAGGGUGUGAAUGUGGAAAAAAAAUGCUAGGUACAUAUCAUAAAACAGAUUUAGAAUUCCUUAUUUCCAGAAAGGGCAGCCCUACUUAGCUUUAGGUUUAAAGCUUUUCUUAGGAUUUAACUAAUGUCACUAUAGACAUAGUAACAUGAGCAAUACUGUCUGGUGGGGGAAAGGGUAAGAAAAAGUACUAUUUCUUAUAAUGAGCAUCAAGUUUUGUUAAUGUUCCCUAAAAUACUCACUACAGACUACAAAUUAGGCAUAUACCUAUUGGAUUUCAAAUUACAUCUACUUACAAUGCUAAGUCUCUAUUCUAUUUUGAAGGCACUAAGAAAGUAUGUAUUAAAUUUUCCCGUUUGGACAGUACAGGGAUUUGGGUCCUUUUGGUUUGUUUUUAAACGAGUGAAACAUUUGACAUUGACAAAUGUGUUUACAAAGGUAUGGCUGCAAUAUUAAUUUCCAUGCAAAUAUCAAAGUAUUUUUAAUUACACACUGAAAUUCAGAGAUUUAACGAACUAAACAUUCAUUUAAGAGACUCGGAAUAUGCCUUCUUUUUUUUAAUUAGAAAUAUCUUUUAAGCUUGGAUGUUUGCUAGUAACUCACAGUGAGUUGAGUAAACUACGGGAUUUACAGCAAUCUUAUUAUUUUUUUAAUCAGGUCAGGAGAAAAUAAUUGCAAGUGCCCACUUAGAAGUAAAGAACACACAUUUAUUACAAUGUUUAUUCUGCACCUUGUAAUAUUGUCUAACAAAUUGGCUUUUCAAAAAAUGAAGAUAGGUGACCAAAAUUGAAAAUUGCUAUCUCUGUUUCACUGAUAUAAAUACAAUUAAAAUAUUUUACAU